AUGCCAUCGUCACCAUCAACAACUUUCAAGAAGCGGUCAUCCCAACAGCAACAACAACUACAAAAUCAAGAUGUAACAAAGCAACAACAGCAACAGCAAGCCAUGAGGAGCGGUAGCAGCAAAUCAAAAGAAAAGAAACCAGCACGUUCGCCAACCCCUAGCCUACCCCCAACACCAAUGACACCUUCAUCACCAAGACGUUUAUCAUCAAGUGUCAGCAAACUCCAUCAAUAUGGAUCAUUAGGUGGUGGUGGUAUCCAUCGCAGUAAUACAUCCAGUCAAUCGACCUUAUCCUCGGCAACACCACCACCAUCAACACCCAACCGCAUGUAUUCGUCAAUGAGCUUAAUGACAAUUGGCAGCGAACUACUACUGGAUCAUUCACAUUUGAAACCAGGAGCCAACGCUGCUCUAUUGUCACACACAAGGACCAUCAACAUGUAUAGGGAGAACGCCAAAAAGACAAAUAACAUGGAGAUUCAGCACGACUUUGCUAUGUUUCUUGUUGAAGCCGCCAAACGUCUUGAGCAAAAAGAAGAAGAGGAUGCUGCCUUAUCCAGUAUGUCAGCUGGUGAUGAUGAUGACAAUGAUAAUGAUGAUGAUGAUGAUGGCGAUGAUAUGGGCAAUGAUGGCAGUGCAUCCAUGUCGGAAGCGGCAACAGUGUCACCCGAAGCCAACACACGGCGCGCUUAUUUACUGGAAGCCGAGAAACUUCUCAAGCAAUUGGCGUUGCGCAGCCAUAGCGAAUCACAAUACUACCUUGCCAACAUGUAUGCGGCAGGGUUGUUGUCGAAACACGGCGAGCCAGACUUUGAUAAGGCAUUUCCAUUAUUUGUGCAGGCCGCCAAGCACCACAAUCCAGAUGCAGCAUUUCGCACGGCCAAGUGUUAUGAAGAUGGUCUUGGAACAAGACGCGAUAAAGCCAAAUCCGUGCAGUUUUACCGCAAAGCCGCAGCACUUAAUCACCCAGGAGCUAUGUACCGUUUAGGUCUGGCAGAGAUGAAUUGCGAGUUGGGUAUAGCCCGUAACCUACGUGACGGACAUAAAUGGCUCAAACGAUCAGCAGAAGCUGCAACACCCCAGUAUCCACAUGCACUACAUGAACUUGCGUUGUUGCACGAAAAAGGCUUUGACACGGUGAUAUUUGCGGAUCACACCUAUGCUGUGCAUCUAUACAGUGAAGCCGCUGCUUUGGGUUAUGCACCUUCCGCAUUUCGACUCGGCGAAUGUUAUGAGUUUGGUCGACUUGGAUGUAAAAUUGACGCUGCCUUAAGUAUCCACUAUUACAGUAUUGCUGCCGAGCAAGAUCAUCCCGAAGCAUGCUUUGCGCUCACAGCUUGGUACUUGAUGGGUGUAGAUGGCGUGCUUGAUGCAUCGGAAGACCAAGCAUUUGCAUGGGCUUAUCGUGCUACAUCGACUGGCAAUGGUUUACCCAAGGCAGAGUUCGCUAUUGGAUACUUUUAUGAAUGUGGUAUUGGUGUACCCAAGGAUAUCCAAAUGGCCAUUCAAUGGUACAACCGUGCUGCUGCCAAGGGUGAUAAACGUGCUGCAGCAAGAUUACAUCAAGCCCCACCAUCCUAUCGUAGCAGUGCACCAAGACCUAUGCCUGCACCAUCACCUUCACAACGCCGUCUCACACCUUCCUUUAGCACACGCUUUUUUGAAAAGGCCAAGGGCCUCACAGCAAAAAAGGAGAAAAAUGAGCCCCAACCGCCACUUGCCAACUUUCUCUAG